ACAGACACACAAAUGAUUGGCAUCUGAGUUGAAGAAGAAGAAGAAAAUGUGCACCACAUGGAGUUGAGCCAGUUCUACCCGCAAGCAUGACCCCUUGCCAUAGUUUGGAUGGAUGCUCGCACUUCUUCCAUUUGCAGGAGAUUGGAAAAUGAUGAUUUAUCCAGCUAUUAGCACUUACUUCAGUGCUCUUAAGCUUCUGUGAAGGAGUCUAUACAGAAAAAUGAUGCAAAACCGGUGAAGGGAUAAUUCAAUCAAAGCAUGGCCUUUUAUCCACUGUAGCUUUCAAGCUUGGCCCAAAUGCUCCAACCAAUUAUGCAUUGGAAGGAUCAGUUGCUAUCGCCGGAGCUGCAGUGCAGUGGCUUAGAGACAGCCUUGGCAUCAUUUCUAGUGCUUCAGAGAUAGAGGAGAUGGCAUUACAGGUUGAAUCCACUGUUGGGGUUUGGAUUGUUUGCUCCAUGGUGGCGUGAGGAUGCUCGCGGGGUUUGUAUUGGAAUAACAAGGUUUACAAGCAAAGCUCACAUUGCUCGAGCUGUGCUCGAGAGCAUGUGUUUCCAAGUGAAAGAUGUCUUGGAUUCAAUAUAUAAAGAUUCAGGAGAAAGUGAAUCCCAAAAGAAGUUUUUGCUUAGAGUGGAUGGUGGGGCAGCUGUAAACAACCUGCUGAUGCAGAUUCAGGCAGAUUUGGUGGGAUGUCCAAUAAUUAGACCUGCUGACAUAGAGACAACAGCACUUGGAGCAGCCUAUGCUGCAGGAUUAGCUAUUGGGAUUUGGAAAGAAGAUUAUGUUUUCAAUACUGAGGAGAAGUUGAAGAAUGCUAAUGUUUUCCGCCCCUUAAUGACUGAGGAAUAAAGGAAAAAGAAAGUGGACUCUUGGUGCAAAGCUGUUAGUAAAACUUUCGACUUAGCUGAUCUUGCUCUUUGAUGGUCUUUUAACAUUUCCUUUUUUUUUUUAAUGUCUUUUAUUUCUGGGUAUACCUUUUUUUUAGCCUUACUAAAAUGUAGGAAAUAACUAUGUGAACUCAAACAAAUUUGACAUUAUGUUCCUGUACUGUUCUUUCUUUUCCUUAUGUUUUGGAGAAGAAAAAAAAGCACUGCAUAAAAUGGAAGAAUUACAUGA